AUGGCAACGCACUGGCUGACCAAGGCAAUCCACACCGAAGAGCCCUGGCUGACGGCGUUUCCGAUUGACCCUGGCUGGGUGCAGACCGACAUCGGCCAACGCGGCGCCGCAGCGUUUGGUUAUGAGAAGGCCGCCAUCACUGUGGAGGAGAGCGUAAAUGGGCUUAUCCGUGUCAUUGACGCGGCAACGCGGGAAACGCAUAGUGGUGUCUUGUGGAAGUACACUGGGGAGCAAUCUCCAUGGUAG